AUGUACAGCACUCGCAUCUCUCGUCAUUCAUCAGACAACAAAAUCCCUAACCACUGCGUCGCAGCUCAAAUCGUCUGUAGCCAUACGACAAUCGCCACGAUGACCAACCUGCCCCUGCCCAACUUCCCUGCCCACGCGGCAAAUCGCUCCAUUUACCUGGGGCAAAUCUGGCAGCAAAUCGAAAUGACCGAGGUAGCGAGCCUCCUAACCGCCGAAGGCAUCAACGCGGAGGGCUUCAAGCUCUACUGGGACACCCGACCGCCGGCAAGUGGCCUCCACCGCGGUUACUGCUGGGUGGAGUUUCGAACCAGGGAGCUUGCGGUCCUGGCCUGGGCCAGGUUGAACGGCUUGCGCAAGUGGAACCGAACAUUAGUUGUCAAGGCCGUUAACAAAUCAGGGGCUCUGCAGCCAUCACAAGAUGAAUUGAAUGCGGCAAGAAGACCACAACCAUCUGGCUCUACCAACCCUCCUCCUCAGGCUCCGUCCCUACCGCCUCGAGCCUCGUCCCCGUCGCCUCGGACACUAUCACCGUGCGCCCCUUCUCAGGAUGACGCACUGGACCGCCAGAAACCAUGGGCCGAUCUCGACGAGUUCUGUUCAAAUGUGAUCAGGGUGCUCAAGGCACAGGGAAUCGACUGCAGCCCCGGCAGCCCAACCGGCGACGCGCCCGAGGGCUCCAGUAACGCCGAUAGCAACUAG